AUGGAAGAGCGGUCAACCAGUCGAUACCCUUGGCAAAUUAGGCGAGUCGAACCGAUGGCUAGUCUGAAUCCGAUGGGACAGGUUAGUCAACUCCAAUCGGAACCCGAAGACUCUGGAGACGUCGAUAAGUCGGCGGUGAACACACAAGAUGAGCGAGGUAGUGAAGGUGAAACGCCUCAACUGUCACCUGAAAAGACAACAGACACAUCGAAUGAAGACCUUGAGGAAAUUGAACGCUCACUGGCUGAAAUGCAGCGUGUUCUCAAGCAUCGCCAGGAGGAGGAGGCAAAGCGAUUGCAGGAGACGCAGCCUCCACUUCCGAUCAAUGAAUUUAUAGAGGGUAAGCCGGAGGACAACCUUUCAAUACACUAG